AUGCAAAAGACAGCCGCCUUCGUGGCGCUCGCCGCACUCCUGUCGGCUAGCAGUGCCGCGCCAUUGGCAAAUGGUAACUGGCAAGACCAUCAGUCCGGCAACGCACCAGCGCCAGCUCCGGCCCCUUCCUCUCCAUUCGCCUUCCCUCUAUCCAAUGGCUUCCCGAAUCUAAGCCCCGCCGCACUCCAGGCCGUCGAGGUGCAAGCCCAAGGAACCGAGCCCAACGGCGCUGCCCCAACAGGCCUCUCCGAGGACGACCUGACAAGCAUCCGUCUGAUCGCCUUCAACGAGCUGUUUGAAGUCGCCUUCUUCACGGACCUGCUCUACAACGUGACGAACCGGGUGAGCGGCUUCGAAGUCCCCAAUCCCAAGAAGCGACAAGAGAUGAUUGCCGCCAUCACUGCGAUCCAGGCUCAGGAAGAGCUGCACGCCAUCAACGCCAACGCAAUCCUCGCCGCCAACGGCCAAGACCAGAUCCAGCCGUGCCAGUACAUGUUCCCGAGCACGACUCUCUCGGGAGCCCUGUCGUUCGCGAAGACCUUCACCGAUGUCGUCCUGGGCACAUUGCAGGACGUGCAGCUGCACCUGGCCACGAACGGCGUCGCCGGCGUCGUCCCCAUCAUCGGCUCCGUCAUCGGGCAGGAAGGCGAGCAGAACGGCUUCUUCCGCACGUCGACCGGCUUGAUCCCAUCGUCGCAGCCAUUCCUGACCCGCUCGGCGCGUGCGUUCGCAUUCAGCGCACUCAACCAGGCCGUUGUGGUCCCCAACUCCUGCCCGAACGCGCAGCUCGUUGGCCUGCCGGUCUUCCAGCCCCUGAACGUCAUCACCGCGCCUAUCACGCCCAACGACCAAACCCUCCAGUUCUCCAUCGCAGUCGACGAGUCGGCCGCCAAGACCGGGGUGUCGAUGGCGUUCAUCAACGGCCAGAACACCCCGCUCGUACAGGAGGUCAACAACAUCAACUUCCAGAACGGCGUCGCGACCUUCGAGGUUGAUUUCCCUUACACCGAGAACUUGCUCAAUGGGCUCACCAUCGCAGCUCUCGUGGCUGGCAAUGGCCCGUUCGCCGACGCGGAUGAGGUCGCGCAGGCAACACUUGCUGGGCCUGGGCUUAUUGAGAUCAACUAG